GUACAGUGUUGAUCGUUAAAACAAACCGCGUAAAGUGUUUACGUCCCUUGUUGAAUACCUCUUUCCGUCAAAGAUGAUUUUUGCUCUCCUUUCUCAAACCGUACGAAGGAAUUCUAUUCCAUUUGAGAACAAACUUAUUCUCCACUCCAGGUAGAUCUUUGCUCUCCUUCGAUUAUUGUCUGUUUUAUUUCGAGUUUUGUUUUCCGCCGUGAAGAAUUUCUCCGAUGAUAACUAUGAGUCUAUGAUGACAACAAGUGGCUACUCGGCUGUUCCAUCUCCAUGCGAGAUCAUCGACUCAUCGCGGAGUGGAGAAUGACUAUCAGCCGAUGAUUGAAGUCCCAUUUGAUCUCUUUGUCACAAAGAAACAGAAUGUCUUUGACGUGGACGGCAGAUUCCAAUUCACUGAUUUGUUUGGGAAUUUGCUCUUCGAGGUUGAAGGCCUAUCAGCUGAUUCUUCAUCUCAUCCAAAUGGCCGGAAGUUUCUUAUUGACGCUGCUGGAGAUACGCUUAUUACUGUGGUCCAAGCAAUUAAAGGAAAGUGGGAAGGGUUUAAGGGAGAAAGCACUCAGGAACGGGAAAUGAUGUUCAAAGUGGAGAGGGUUACAAAUACAUUUACAGAUAAAGAGUUUGAGAUAUUUCUUUGUGAUGAAAACAUUGAAGAAGGAAGAACUGAUUUCAGGAUGAAGGGCUGCCCUUUCAAAAGAUCUUGCACUAUAUACAAAGGAAACUCAAUAUUGGCUCAGACCAGCCUCAUGUAUACUAUUGGGACGGGCAAGUAUUGUGUUCCUAGAAGCAGAUUCCGGAUCACUCUAUUUCCAGGCCCUUGUGAUCUUGUUAUGAUUGUUUCUUUGGUUGUAAUAUUUUUUUAUAAAAGAAGGUUUUUGGUAUAGCACAAAAUGUCAAAAUAACCAAAAUUUAUCCCCUUCUAUUACCAUCUUUAAGUACUCGUAAUUGAUCAUACAAGGCAAUGGACAUCACGACCUAUGUGAGGCGUGUUUAUAACAAACAAUGUUUUCAUGAAUGGAUGAAUCUUGGAGUCACCAUUGAUGCUGGGAAGGAGCUUGCAGCAUUGGAGUAAUGGUAAUGGCCUUGAGGGAAACCAAGGCUCGAUCCGUUUGGUCAAGGGAAAAUGUUUUAUAACUGUUACUGUAAAGUAAUUUGUUUAUGUAGUUUGGAGGAAAUGGCGCUGGAAAUAUUUUCUUACAGGGAAAACUAUCAAAUAGGCUCUUC